AUGGAUGUGGACGAAGAGGAACCUGAGCAAGUCGGGCCUGUGAGAGAAUCAAACAACAGUAUAGCACCGGGCACCGCCAGUGAGGUGGCGCUCACUGAGACGGCUGCGUUGCCGAGGGCACCCGAAGGGCACGCCCCGCAGGCUGAACGGGCCGGGAACACGCCACGAAUGCCGCCGCAUUACGCGAGGCUAAAUGCCAAGCUACAGUUCCUGCACUGUGUCAUGCGUCAGAUCGAUGGACCAUGGUGUCAUUGGGUACCGGACGUCUACAAGGCAGUAGUGACGAAGUAUCAGAGGAUGCCACGAGGAGGAUGGAAGGUCCUCGCGGAAUAUGCCAACGAGCAUUUCGAAUUCCACAAGACCCACAAGGAGGUGGAGCAGAUGGCAAGACAGGUAGUCGCCAAAGCAGCGCGGAGCCAACCGACGGACGUUGGAGAAAUAGCAUCGCUGCACGACGUCGACUCAUACAACGCCCUGCAGGAGGAUUUCGACCGGAUCAUGGCACAGAGGUUGAGGGAGCCUGGUGUUAUUAGGACAGUAAAGAACAAAAGACACACCAUGGACUCCCUCGACUUCUCGGCGAUUAGGUCGCUGGAUCUAGUGGUCCACAACUACGUGAAGCACAACCCAGUCACUGACAUGGGCAUGCUAGCCAUCUUGUAUCAGACGGCACAGGACUGCUACGACAAGUACAGCGCGAAACCAUCGUCGUCCUCGGGAAAGAAGGAGGCAGCUGAGAGGAGGAUCAAGGAGCUGGAGGAGAUAGGAGCAUUACUUCUGAAAUACAAGCAGAAGGUUCCCCUGGAGAAGGAGGAUAGGAAACGCGUUUAUCGCCAAAUGGACAAGUACAACAUGAUCGCGGACAAGCCGCAGGAACUGUCAUACGUGAUCAGCAGGACCCAAGAGGAGCUCCAAAAGGAGCAGGACAAACUCAAGAACGCCAAGUUCAAGAAGGAGUUGUACAACGACAACCGCAUGUUCGAGCUUUACACGGGACACUUCUACAGGACACUGGAGAAUCAGCAGAAUGCGGACGAGUCGGCGAUAAACGAGGGGAUGAUGAUAGAGUACUGGGCGCAAAUGUGGGUGAAGCCAAACGCACCGCACAACGGUGAAGGAUACCUGGUCGAAAGACCACCGGCAGAGAACAUGGCAGGCUUUCCCACAUACGAGGAAUUCGUCACGAUCGUCAAGAAAUUGCGAGACUGGAAGUCGCCCGGUGCGGAUGGGAUCUACAACUACUACAUUAAAUGGCUCACGUCCCUUCACAGAGUCAUUUAUAGGCUAGUAGAGGAGGCAUGCCAGCAAGGCAAAGUGCAGGACGACUGGUUCUACUGUGGGAUCACGUACCUACUACCGAAGAACAAGAAACCAAAGUCCGCCGCACAGUACAGGCCUAUCACGUGCAUGUCCAACCUAUACAAGCUAACUACCCGUUGUGCAACGGAGACGCUUAAGCGAGAAGUCGAUGGCAGGGGACUACGGUCCGAGAACCAGAUGGGCACGAGGAGCAACGUACAGGGUGCAAAGGAGCACGCGUUAGCUAACAUCGCGCUCAACGAGAAGCACAAGGGGAAGUUACUUGCAACGUGGGUCGACGUCAUGAAGGCGUACGACUCAAUCGACCACGCGUACCUGGCGAGGGUUAUCGACAACCUUAACCUACCAGGGUGGUUAUCAAACUUCAUCAAGCAGACGACCAAGAGGUGGAAUAUAGAGAUACGGUGGAACAAGAACACAAUCAUGCACAAGAAAGUAGAGAGGGGCAUUCUCCAAGGCGACAGCCUAUCGCCCCUUCUCUUCGUGCUGUGCUUGGACCCGCUGAGCAGGCACCUGACUCGCAUCUUCCCCAAGGUGGAGCUAAGCGUGCCUGGCGGCAGGGUCUUCGCCACAAACCACUUUCUCUAUAUUGACGACCUCAAGUUCUUCGCCCACGAGGAAAGUACGAUGAGAGGAAUGGGCCGAGAAGUGGAGAAGUUCUUCAACGACAUAGGACUCAGGAUCAACCGCGACAAGUCGGCAACCAACACGGAGGCGUGCGUGAGCAUCGCCAAGCAGAUGGAAGGCCCGGAGACGUACAAGUACUUGGGAGUCACAGAGACUUCAAACUCACUUACAAGCGACGGAAUGUUCGACAUAAUACUACAGGAGAUAUGCAGGAGAACGGAGCUACUGGCUGCGUCAAAGCUGUCGGGGAAAAACCUCUCGAUGGCCAUCAACCAGUACGCCCUCAGCGUCAUCAACUACUACAUCGGCGUGAUCCCCAUGGACAUCACGCAUUUCGACAAGAUCGACCUGGCAGUACGGAGAAUAAUUAACGCGAAGCACGGACACAAGAAGUGGGCGAACACACAGAGGCUCUACCUCCCCCGGAAAGAGAUGGGGAGAGGGCUCCACAGCAUGGUAUUCAGAGCGGAAGCCAUGCUGCUACGACUGUGGUUGACGUUUUCAGCAGACGAGGUGGCGUCAACCAGGAGAGCUGCGAUCAUGCAGCAUUUUCGCGACACAUACGCGCACAUAUCUCAUAUCAAGAUGCACCUGGAAGGGAGAUAUGGAAUGGAAUUCGGAGUGGAGGACACGACGGACAAGAGCCUCAGGGACCUCAGGGUGGCCCAAAACAAAUGGCUGUACAACAGAAUGCACGUAAAAUCAACUCAUAAGGUUCUGUAUGCCAAGCGUGAGGACCCCAAGCUGGACAUCGAGGCGUCGUCAUUGUACCUGACGUGUGGAAUACUCACCCCGGAAGAAGAAGCGAAGGUAGCAGAAGUCCAGGACAGGAAUCUGCAAUGGAUGACUUCGUCCAACAAAUGCUCAAGAUGCAACAACGGCAAGAACGUGGACCACCUCGCGACGAAGUGCCCGAAACUACUACACCUUGAAUAUACGAAGAAGCACAACGAGGUAGCAAAACGGGUCCACUCAGUACUCGGGAGGCAAAUAGGACUACCCAAGGAGAAGAUAGACGCCCACAAGAUCGAGAGUGAAGUGCACGGAAAAUACGGAUGGAUCGCGUACGACAAGACGGUCAAGACUCAGAAGACUAAGGAAUACAACAGGCCAGACAUCAUCCUGGCGGAUCGGCGGAGGAACACCAUAACCAUCGUGGAGAUAGGAAUCACCAAUCAAGACAACCUAGUGGAUACGGAGAAGUUCAAGAAGCAGAAGUAUGAAGACCUUAUCGAGGACCUCAAGGCGCGACAGUUUAACCAGCAAACCAAGAUCAGGGUUAUCCCCUACGUUAUGACGUGGGAGGGAAUAGUGACAAAGGAGCACAGCAAGUACAGACGGGACCUGGGCAUAUCGGAUCGCAUGGAAGCCCACAUACAAAGGGUAGUGAUCCAAGAAACACAUAAAAUAGUGAUGAGGGAUAUGAAGCCGAAAGAAGACUACGAUUCCGUAGAAGACCCUCAAGCCCAAACUGUAUGGAUGCCCGCAUGGAUGGCACCAGUGACGUCCGGCAAUGGACCGACGUGGAACCCGCAACCAGUAUCAGCGUGA